UUUUUGAUGGCUAUACUUUUCUUCACCAAGCCGUUCAGAAGCCAAAGCAGAGAAAGUAGCGUGGCCCUUCCGUCCACCGAGGUCGUGGUAGAUGAAUUUGGCGGGUUCGGUGUGCAGACUGCGCUUUCGAUUCGAAUGCCAUUAUGGUCCGAGAGCGACAUCCCAACGUCUCGUAAAUCUUCCCGAUCUGAUCGUAGAAGCGCAUCAGUUGUGUCUAUGCCAACGACUUCAUCAGUGCCAUCGUCGUCCUCAUCAUCCCGGUAUGACACCGAAAUGCAGACUGAACCUGUGAGGAUCGAGUUGGAAGAUAAUGUUGUUGUCGGGUAUCCGUUGAGCGAUAUGCUUUUUGCACCUCCAUCGAACUCCCUAGUACAUGUUGCCGUCAAAGAGGAGAAAGAAGUGCUAAGAUCAGCUCACUGUACGACUGAUCAAACGUCUCGUAUAGUAUCGUGGGAAGAUGUGCUGGAUGGGUCAUUCAAAAAGAAGUAUCCCCAAAAGAGGAUGGAAUCAGCGACAUCUUUGGAAGAGCAAGUGCAUGUAUGGAAUGUGGUGGCAUGUGGCUUUAGUGAUCCUCAAGGUUUGCAAAAUUUCAUCCUUGCAACAUCCUACAAUUGCAGAUAA